AUCAGUCAGUAAGCUCCCCAGUAAAAGUCAAGUCUACAUAAAAACACACAAAAACACCCUAUACUGAAUGCGUGCAGUUUUUUUCUAGUACUUUUCUCAGGAGCUUAGUAGCAUAGCUAAUAUGCCCUAUCUAUAUGGCGUAACGGACACCAAGUUUAGGUUCAAGGAGGACACCGAAAGAACCAGCCCUAUUCCAAUCAAAUUUCGAUAUAACACUUUACUAACACCUCGAGUCCAGUUCAGUCGCGACGAAUGGCCCCUACCGUUCCGAGCCACCCCUGCAAGCCUCGUCGAGCUAUGUAUUAAUGUGGCCGAUAAGCUGCCAUUACCCUCGGUCUUCGAAUGGAAUGAUAUGGAUAUACGACUAUGGAUAACCCGCUAUGGAUAUCCACAGUACAUGAACACAUUUCGUGUGAAUAUGAUCUGGGGUAAAAAGCUGUUGUUACUGGACGCUGAUGCGUUGUCGGCAAUGAAUAUCAAAGAUUUUGAUCACAUAAAGCACAUUACCUAUGGCAUUCGCAUGUUGUUUCACUUUGAGCUGACGAAAUUCUCGCACAGUAUUUCGUUGCCGGAUGAGAAACCCAACGAGCUCUAUUUGCUGUGGCACACGCAGACGGGCCUCAACUAUGAUGCAGUUCGUCGCUCGGAUUUGUAUAGACGCAUGCAACUCAUACGGGAACGUUCUCCAAAUCUGGAUCAUUGGGAUAUGCUCGAAAUGUGGCUACGUCGGGAACGUGAACGCAAGUACAGCGAGCUGAUUGCGCUCGUGCCGCGCUAUAAGUUGUACACGUGCAUAGAGACCCCAGAAAAGAGUACAGGUCAGACGACAUCGGAAUCUGGCUUCGAUGACAAUUAUUGUCGUACAUGUCUACCGCCUUGCGAAUGCUGGUGGACAGAGCGGGAUACAUUAUUACCCUGGCGUCUGAGCUGUCUGAAUCCCGGCAAGCGGAUCACACACAGUGCCUGGAUGGCCACUGAGAAACAAUGCGUACACUGUAUACCGCCGUGUGAGUGCCGUUGGCUUUCACGUUACUAUCUGACAGACACAGUGAUCAGCUGUCUGAAGAAUAAGUUUCCAGAAAAGUUUGCACCUAUUUUCGACGAGAGUGGCCCGCCAAAUAUACGCGCGAGUGUAAUGGUGCGUUGGACUCGUUUCUCGAUUUAGAUUUAGAUUGUCUCUGUACGAUAUUAGUGUAGUAAAUGAUUCAAAAUCUGAAAAUCAUAUUAAAA